GGAGGAGGCCAGCGCAGCCCCAGCGGCUGCAGCGCGGGAGAAAGUGGAAGUGAGGGACAGAGCGGGUGUUGGGAUCCGGCAGCGCUGGCCACGUGGCGCACCACUGCCGAGUCCCCGGGGUCUCCCGCCUCGUGAGCAUCUUUGGCCUUGGAGCUGAGGACCCAGGCCUCCGCGGGGCGGGGACGGGAAGCAGGCUGUAGGCGCAACCGCCUGGCCCCGGCUCGGCUCCUUGGCUCGGCGCCCACCGCCGGGUCCCGCCCCGGCAGCUACGCAGGGAUAACUCGCGGACGCGCCCGCCUGCCUGCGACCCUCUUCCGCGCCGCCAGUCCUCCCGCAGAGGCUCGCAGUGAGCUCUUCGCUCUCCUGCCCGCCCGCCUGCCUGCAGCCACCAUGGCCACCUCCUCUGCGCGGCCCGCGGUGCUGGCCCUGACCGGGCUGGCGCUGCUGCUGCUGCUGUGCUUGGGCCCAGGUGGCAUAAGUGGAAAUAAACUCAAGCUAAUGCUUCAAAAACGAGAAGCACCUGCUCCAGCUAAGGCUAUAGUGGCUGUCGAGGAGAGCAAAGCCAAGGAAUUCCUCCCCAGCUUGAAGCGCCAGAAGAGGCAGCUGUGGGACCGGAGCCGGCCUGAGGUGCAGCAGUGGUACCAGCAGUUCCUCUACAUGGGCUUUGACGAGGCGAAAUUUGAAGAUGACGUCACCUACUGGCUUAACAGAGAUCGCAAUGGACAUGAGUCCUAUGGUGAUUACUACCAACGCCACUAUGAUGAAGAUGCUGCAAUUGGUCCCCGGAGCCCUUACUCCUUUCGGCAUGGAGCCAGUGUCAACUAUGAUGACUACUGACCACAACUAGCCACAUGGUUUACAAGAAACCACAGUAGUUCUCUUCAUGUAUCUCCUAGUGCCUUAUACGACUUGGUUUCUGUUUUGCUUUAUUUCAGCAGAUCUUUUCUACCUACUUUGUGUGACCAGAGAGUUAAAGCAAGGUAUAUAAAUGCCUUUUGAUAUUUCACAUAGUUAUCUUACUGAUGCAACUCAAGAAAUAAAAAUAAAGCAUUUUGUUAA